CUCCGCUGAUGCUUCAUUUUUCCUGGCCUCUCUCUCUCUCUCUCUGCUUACAUCUUUUCUACUAAAGCGCUCCUUACAAAUCCAUUUCACAGACAUCUGUGUUCAUUGCUGACACUUCACCUAGGAUUCAACAAAAAUUGCUGUUCUAGGAAAGCUAUCUUUCCCUCAUUGCAGGGGAGUCUUUCUCUAAAUGGGGAGGCACUCUUGUUGCUACAAGCAGAAGCUACGGAAAGGCCUGUGGUCACCUGAGGAAGAUGAGAAACUUUUAAGUCAUAUUACUAAGUAUGGUCAUGGUUGUUGGAGUUCUGUCCCAAAGCAAGCUGGUUUGCAAAGGUGUGGCAAGAGCUGCAGACUAAGAUGGAUUAAUUACUUGAGGCCUGAUUUGAAGAGAGGCACAUUCUCACAUCUGGAAGAGAACCUCAUAAUUGAACUCCAUGCGGUUCUAGGAAACAGGUGGUCUCAGAUUGCGGCGCAGUUGCCUGGAAGGACUGACAAUGAAAUAAAGAAUCUGUGGAACUCUUGCUUAAAGAAAAAACUUAAGCAGAGAGGCAUUGACCCUGUCACCCAUAAACCACUUUCUGAGGUUGAAGAUGGAGAAGACAAGAAUCCAGCUGCCAGUAGAAACCAAGAUAAAGCCUCUGCAGUAUCCAAUACUGAACUCAACCUCCUCAAAGCUGAUCAUUCUAAGCCAUCAGGAGCAAAUUUACAAGAAAAAAGAUCAUCUUCAAUUUCUCCUCAUGGCAAUCAAUUGGAGAGGGAAAGUACUUCCAGCUUCAAGGCCAUGAAUGACAACAACAACACCACCAAUGACCAUGGUAACAAUAAUUUGAUGACACCAACAAGCAACAAGGACCUUUUCUUGGAUAGGUUUACAGCUUUCCUCCAUGAAGGCUCCACGAGUAAUUGCCCGCCCUCGGGUUUUUUGGGACAUUUCCCUCUUCAGCAAUUGAAUUAUGGAUCCAAUGCCAGGCUCGCGACGAACUCAAUUCCUUCUCUUUGGUUGAGCCAAACCAGUAAAGCUUUUGGCAUGAAUUGUGAAUUCUCUUCGACUAUGAUACCCUCCAUUCCUCCACCAGCUGUAACAAGCUCAUUUAUUUCUUCUUCUAUGGGCUACAAGCCUUCCAUUACUGUUCCACCAGACAAUCCUUCAUUGCCCUCUUUUACAACCAACAGUUAUCGGCCGUGGGAAACCGGUGCUCCCAGCAACAAUAGUAACAGCAGUACUGGAAGCAAUGGCAGUACUGAGCUGCAAAGCAACAGCUCCUUCUUUGAGAACACCAUCUUUUCUUGGGGAUUAGGAGACUGUAGCUCAACAGAAAAGGAGGCACAGAACCACUUGAUUGGAAGUCAACAGGAGGACAUCAGGUGGCCUGAAUAUCUUCAAAAUCCAUUGCUCAUGGCUGCUGCUUUGCAAAAUCAAAAUCAGCAAUCCUUGUACAAUGAGAUAAAAACAGAAACACAUCUCCUAACAGAAAAUCCAAGUGGUAUGUGGCCUGAUAACCAGCAGGAACAAGAACCUUUACAGAAUCCUGAUAUAUGUCCGAAAGAUAUGCAGAGAAUCACAGCAUCUUAUGGAUAUGUUUAGCUUGCAUUGGUAUAUGGAGCCUCAAUUUAGAGGAAAUAUUAAUUAGAGAGGCUUGAACAGAAGCUUUUUUUCAUUUACAAGUGUGCGUGCCAUAGAUUUUUCUCUUGUACAUAGGUCUGAUACAGUUAAAACAUUUCUUAACCUCUGGUUUUGGAAUAGUUGUGAGCAAAACAAAUCCUUUUUGUUAGCUUUUUUACUUUUGGGUGUGGGGUAGAAUUGCAGAAUAAGGCUACUACUUCUUGUGUAUGUUCUCUUCUUUGCCUCAUUGCAUAUUCAUCAUCAUGUUGCAAUUCUCUCUGUAAACAAUCCAAAACAAACGUUAUUUGUCAAAGGGUUUUUUUCAA